UUGUCUUUAUUCGGCCACCGUCUCGUCAGCGUUUCAAGGUGUUUUGUCCGCAAGCAGCCACCGUCCCUGGUAUUAAUCACCGAGUUCCAGGGCAGGGGAACUUGCGUUAUGGGGGAGCCGGCUUGUAUUGCCGGCACCAUGGAGUCACCUUUUAGCCUUGGACUCUCUCACAAGCCGGAUGAAGACUGGGAUUCUACCCUGUUUGCUGAACUUGGUUAUUUCACAGACACUGAGGAGCUGCAAUUGGAUGCAGCAAAUGAAACUUAUGAAAACAAUUUUGAUCAUCUUGAUUUCGAUUUGGAUUUGAUGCCUUGGGAGUCAGACAUUUGGGACAUCAAUAACCAAUUCUGUACAGUUAAAGAUAUUAAGACAGAGCCUCAGCCACUUUCACCAGCCUCCUCUAGUUGUUCAGUCUCAUCUCCUCGGUCAGUGGACUCAUAUUCUUCAACUCAGCAUGUUCCUGAGGAGUUGGAUUUGUCUUCUAGUUCCCAGAUGUCUCCCCUUUCUUUAUAUGGUGAAAGCUGUAAUAGUCCCUCUUCAGCAGAGCCUCUGAAGGAAGAUAAGCCUGUCAUUGGUCCUAGGAAUAAAACUGAAAAUGGACUGACUCCAAAAAAAAAAAUUCAGGUGAAUUCAAAACCUUCCAUUCAGCCCAAGCCUUUACUGCUUCCAGCAGCACCCAAGACUCAAACAAACUCCAGCGUUUCAGCGAAAACCAUCAUUAUUCAGACAUUACCAACACUUAUGCCAUUGACAAAGCAGCAGCCAAUUAUUAGUAUACAACCUGCACCCACUAAAGGUCAGACUGUUUUGCUCUCUCAGCCUACUGUGGUACAACUGCAGGCACCUGGAGUUCUGCCCUCUGCUCAGCCAGUCCUUGCUGUAGCGGGGGGAGUCACACAGCUACCUAAUCACGUGGUGAACGUGGUACCGGCUCCUGUGGCAAGUAGCCCAGUGAAUGGAAAACUUUCCGUGACUAAGCCUGUGUUACAAAGUACCAUGAGAAGUGUGGGUUCAGAUAUUGCUGUGCUAAGGAGACAGCAACGUAUGAUAAAAAAUCGAGAGUCUGCUUGUCAGUCCCGUAAGAAGAAGAAAGAAUAUAUGCUAGGGUUAGAGGCAAGGUUAAAGGCUGCCCUUUCAGAGAACGAGCAACUGAAGAAAGAGAAUGGGUCAUUGAAGCGGCAACUAGAUGAAGUUGUAUCAGAGAACCAGAGGCUUAAAGUCCCUAGUCCAAAGCGAAGAGCUAUCUGUGUGAUGAUAGUACUGGCGUUUGUAAUACUGAACUAUGGACCCAUGAGCAUACUGGAACAGGAUGCCAGGAGAAUGAAUCCUAGUGUGAGCCCUGCAAAUCAAAGGAGGCACCUUCUAGAAUUUUCUGCGAAAGAGGUGCAAGCCACAUCAGAUGGUAUCAUCCAGAAAAACAGCUACAGAUACGAUCAUUCUGUUUCAAAUGACAAAGCCCUGAUGGUGCUAACUGAAGAACCACUGCUUUAUAUUCCUCCACCUCCUUGUCAACCCCUGAUUAACACAACAGAGUCUCUCAGGUUAAAUCAUGAACUUCGAGGGUGGGUUCAUAGACAUGAAGUAGAAAGGACCAAGUCAAGAAGAAUGACAAAUAAUCAACAGAAAACCCGUAUUCUUCAGGGUGCUCUGGAACAGGGCUCAAAUUCUCAGCUGAUGGCGGUUCAGUACACAGAAACCACUAGUAUCAGUAGGAACUCAGGGAGUGAGCUACAAGUAUAUUAUGCUUCACCCAGAAGUUAUCAAGACUUUUUUGAAGCCAUCCGCAGAAGGGGAGACACAUUUUAUGUUGUGUCAUUUCGAAGGGAUCACCUGCUGUUACCAGCUACCACCCAUAACAAGACCACAAGACCAAAAAUGUCAAUUGUAUUACCAGCAAUAAACAUAAAUGAGAAUGUGAUCAAUGGGCAGGAUUACGAAGUGAUGAUGCAGAUUGACUGUCAGGUGAUGGACACCAGGAUCCUCCACAUCAAAAGCUCAUCGGUUCCUCCCUACCUCCGAGAUCAGCAGAGGAAUCAAACCAACACCUUCUUUGGCUCCCCUCCAGCAGCCACGGAGGCAACCCACGUUGUCAGCACCAUCCCGGAGUCAUUACAAUAGUACCUGCGGCUACGUUGGAAAACUAAGAGCGGUACCCUGCCAAAUUGAAGAGCAGGUGACAGAAGUGCUGCUUUUUCUGCCUUCUUUAUGACAGGUAGAGAGCUACCCUAUGCUAAAAUUCAAGGGGGAAAGAGAGAAAAAAAGCUGCUGCUCCAUUUUUCACCAUCUACCCACCUACUUGGAAAGCACUGCGAUUUAGACACGAGAGAACAGCAUUUCUUCAGUGGCAAAUGUAACCCUGCAUCCUCCAGUGUUACCUACGGUGGCAUUUUUUCCUGUACCUUUCUAAACUGCUAUACCCUUCGUAUUUCUUUUGUGUUUAAAUGGUAAUCUUCUUCCAAAUGAGAUCCACCUCCCCUUUUUGCCACUUUACUUAUUGGUGCAGUAAAGUGAAUUUUAUUUAAAGCUAUACAGUGCACAGAUGUUUAGAUGGUUUCCACUGAUUGGAUUUUUCAUUCAUUUAAUGCAAACCCAUUCUGGAUAUUGUGCUUAUUUGAGAAGACAGAUUUCAAAACUGUAAAAGCCAAAAACACUCUAAAAAGAGACGAAACAAUUUGGAGCCUUAGGUAAAAGGGAAAACCCUCCAGUUGGUGAAGUUUAUCUUUUUGGAUUUGUGGUUCACACCUGAACGAAUAACUGUGUUGAGGGUUGGGGUGGGUAGCAAAUUUAUGAGAAUGAAAUGGAAGGGAAGAGUCAGUAGUGGAGUUUUAAGAGAAUAGAUAACUACGUUAAUACAUGUGUUUAAAAGAUUGAAAAUUUGAUGCAAUUAUAGUUUAACUCCACAGUUACCACUUGAGGACUCUAGACCACAAAGUAUUAGCACAUAUACUUAAGUCUUCUCUUUACCAAUCUGGUGCAGGGCCUCAUGGACCACAGGACAGAUCCUUCAUUUCCACUGUGAAUCCCCACCCCACCACACAUCUUCUAUUAAUAUGAUAGCAAAUUCAGCUGAGGACCGUGGACUUCAGACUGAAGCAAGGCAAAAGCUUUUCCUUUUGAGAAUUAGUGAGUAUUUAUUCCUUAAGGCAGUACAGACAGGCCAGCUUGGAUUCCUGCUGAGGGAGUGAAUACCAUAAUAUGGCAAUAAUUUUCACUUUCUUCAGUAAAAAGACAAGGAAGGAAUUAACUCUUCUGUCCUCCUAUGGUAAAAACAAAAAGAAAAACCAUAUGCUUACAUUUUACUGUACUUUGCCUACUUUCUUCACCACACUAGACAAAUUAUGUCUCAUUUGAUGAUUUCACAGAAGUGGUUCUCAGGUAGCAAUGUCCUCUGUGAUGUUUUCCCUUCAGUUUCUAAAGUGAGUCUUCCCUCUCUUUCUACAAAGCUUUUCAUUUGCUCAAUGGAACUCAUUCUACAAACACUGCUUCUUAUCCCAACAGACUUGCCUUUGUCAGAUCUCUCCCCUUUCCUUUCCACACUAUAUCAAUCAAUUCCUCUUCCUUCUGGCAAGAAAGGGAAAGGGAAAUCAUAUCAACCCACAAGGGUUACAUGCAGCCAGUUAGUUUCCUGCCCAUGAAAUUAGGCCUGGCUCCUGAAUAAAUUUAAAGAAUCACCAACAUUUCUAACUCUCUGGACAGGUGCCUCUCUGCCCAAGCCAGUUAGGAAAUCAGUUUAACUUUUGUAAAGGGGGGCUCUAUUGUUCUAUUGCCGGUGAAUCUGGAGUUUGAAAAGUGCUAGUUAACCUUCCUCUUUAUCUCCAUUACAAGCCAUUUAAGGUUCAGUGCAGUACUCCCCUCUGAUUGGCUAACAUAGGUCAUUUCCAGACCAGAACAUUUUCCCUGGGGACCAUUUUUCUAAUGGGUGCCAAGGAAUCAAAACCAAAAUGCCUAGAAGACCUUAAGGGGACUGGGCAGUCUUCUCAUGGAGCAUCUUCUCCUGGUCCUGCUGCUCCCAUUCUGUAAUGUGAAUUAGCCCAACAGGAAGCUGUGGCCAUGGCCAGUAGGCAGUGGCAACAUGGUCAUCCCCCAGCUGCUGAUAUUCUGUUAGAACUCUGUGCUUAUCACAGUAGAUAGAAAUACAGUAUGUGUGUGGUGAUUAUGAAGGGAACUCCCCUCCUCUCCUUUGCACUGACUCAUACAAGAAGGAAUCAUCACGUGGACUUCUUGUUCUUAGCGCUUUGCUUUUAAGAAGGAUUAAUACCAAUCAUACUUAAACUAUUACAAAAAAUCAAGAAGGAAGGGAUACUCCCAAACUCAUUCUAUGAGGCCUUUAUCAUCUUAUACCAAAACCAGACAAAGACACAACAAAAAAAAUAAACUAUAGGCCAAUAUCUCUGAUGAACAUAGAUGCAAAAAUCCUCAACGAAAUACUAGCAAAUCUAAUUCAACAACAUGUUGAAAAGAUUAAUCAUGAUCAAGUGGGAUUCAUCCCAGGGAUGCAAGGAUGGUUCAACAUAUGCAAAUAAAUCAAUGUGAAUACAUCAUAUCAACAGAACAAAGGACAAAAACCUUCACAUGAUCAUUUCAAUUGAUGCUGAAAAGCACUUUGCUUUUACUUCAUCCCUCUAUUCCCAGCUUUUCCUGUGCUCGUUUUACCAGCUCCUCAGACUGAAGACUUCUAUCGUGUCUUGUUUGCCAGCAUUAAUGCCUGUCUUAAAGGUGAUGCUUAGGAGGGAGUCACGGCCAAAGAGCAGGCAGAUGUUGGAAGGGCUGGCAGCCCCAGCUGGGGAGCUAAGAGUACCGGAGAAGUGACGUGCCCAAGCAAUCGGGAGCCUUGCUCUCUUUUCACUCACUGGCCCUUCAGCUCCUCGUCACUACCUGCUCUUGAAUUGAUCUUUUUGAGAUGAGAGAACAGGAUUCUUCUCAGGGUAGAGUUUCAAGAAAUGAGUGAAAGGCAACCGAGAAGUGCAAAGAAGUAUUCUACUUCUUAAAUUGCUGGCAACGCUAUUGUUAAUCCCUAGGGACAAUAGUUGUUUCUAUUUUAAUGUUUGUGUGCUAGCACAAGGGCCUCUAGGAAAUGGAAAGUUGCUAUGCCCGAUUAAUAAAUUAAGCAGGCAUUUGGGCUUAAUUGUUUUUGGUGGGAUUUACUUUUGGGGGUUACAGCAAGAAAUUGUGGGGGAGGUGUAUAUAUAUAUAUAUUAAUAUUUAAUUUAUUAAGUUUUGAAAUGGGACUUUGCAAGCUUGUGAGAAAAUCAGAUAAACUCAUGGAGGAGUCAAGUCUUCCUGUUAUUAGAUGAUUUUUGUACUCUUUGCGCCAAUACUACUACAAUCCUGGGUAGUGACGGUGGAGACUGAUGGGAACAGUCUUUCUGCCUGGUUGUAAUUCCCAAAGUUUUAUGCUUCAUGGAAGUAAGUGAAUGUUUCCUCAUGUUAACUACUGAGUCAGAAGUUAGGAGCUUCUUCCCCUUGGGGUUAACUCAUACCCCACAGUACAGGCACACAGGUUCGUUAGAGUCUUAGUGUAAACUAACUCCAAAGUUAGGAGUUAAUGUGAAAGGAUCAAUCUUAAGACAAAAUUGUUUGCCAUGCAUGUAGUAUAGAAACUUUAGAUUAUUGGGUAGGGUGUGUGUUUACGCAAGUAAAAAAUCCCCCAUAAUUAUAAAAGCUGAGAACAUCUUCUAAUUUUUUUUUUUUUAAAUGACUGUAAGUUCCAGCACAAAACUGGCAUUUCUUUGCCUUUUCUUGCUAGCAAGAAGUAGAGAUGGAGGUAUUCAAAAGCAAUAAUGUUCUAUGAGUCAUUCUUGACUGUUCCAAAUAAAUUUAGGAACAGACAAGGAACUUGGGAUUCAAACUGAUUUUUCUAUCAUUUGUAAAGAGACACUGUCCUGAUUUAAUCCUCUUGGCCUGAGUCUUGCUCCUGGGCACGUAUUCCCCAGUAGUCCCAACAGUGGGACUCUGAGAAGACCCUGCCACUCUGGCAUUUAGAGUGAUUAAAACCAGAGAACUCUCAGGCUCUUUGCCACUUUCAUACUAGUUUUUGAUUCUUACCAGUUUACUAAGCUCAGGUUGUGAAACUUGACAGAAAUGUAUCACAGGAAAAAACUUGUAUUUCACUAACACAUUGAAAAGUUUCAAAGCAACUUCCAAUUUCAACAAUGUAUUGAAGUACCCACUUCUGCUUUCACAACCUAAAGAGCCAGAGUCUGAUCCGAUGCCCCUUUCAGUCUGACCUCAUGGAAACUUUCCACCCGUGAAAGCCCUCUUUCCCCUGCGUACUGAGGGGCUGACUCAGCUGCCUUCAGUGGACUGAGGCCUUUUCAUGCUGUCGCUGUUUCAUACAAAUUAACCACUCAAAUAAGAUUGCUUAUGGCCAAAAUUAAUAGACACUUAUUACCACCUAUGGACCCCAUAUGCCUUACCAAAAUGUUAUUUUCAUCAGUCCUGACUCAUUUUAAUUUGUAGAAAUUAGGAUGUUUACUGCUAAUAUGAAUACCAGUUAUAUAUAACUUUUACCUUAAAAACAAGAAUAAAGCCUAAAAGAAAGAGAAUGAAAUGUAAGAAAUUUUCAUUUCUACCCCUAAUAAUAUUUGAAGAGGAAAUUCCUGUUUUCCCCCCUCACAGGGAUCAUGAUCAAUUUUUAAUCAUCGAGGGUACAGAAUAUUGGACUACCUAAAAAAAUGUUGCCAGAGUCCAAAAAGAACUAUGCACAUAAAAGAAAUGCAUUUUUUUUCUACUUGAAAAAAGAAUAUAUUCUGUUAACUUAUAUUUUUAAUGAGUAAGCUUAAAACUGAGUUUAUUUUGGAUAAGACUAGAACUUUCAGCAGUUUAUGCUACUAUCUGUUAUUGUGAGAUACAAUAGAAUUUAUGAAAAGAAUGAAGAUAUCUGAUUAGGAGGUUUGAUCUUAUGUAUGAAUCAUGUCAUGGUUAGCCACUGUCACAUAGUGGAUAUCAUUCUCAACAUACUGGUUUGCUAACUUUAAACAUUAAGGAUUUAUUACACUAGAAGACUUAUAUUAAGCUUGAGAACCAAGGAGUAAAUAAGUCAUAGCUUAUCAUUUGCCAAGGUCAACAAACACCACACUUACUGCCCCCUGUGAAAUUGGUGAUCAUUAGUUAAAUAAACCAGGAGGCUUGGUAUAUCCCCCAGUUUGCUAGUCCCAGCUGCAGAUUAGCAGGUUGACUUUCACAGCAAAUGAAUAUUAAAUCAUUUUAACUCAUACUCAGCCCUAAUUUCCAGGUCAGUCACCAGGAUGGAGCAGAUGAUGAGGACACAGAGCUUUAGAUGAAAACUACUAUGUACUAUUAGCUUUAGAGAUAUUAGUUUCCUAUUUUCAUCAUGUUGGCAAGUAUGGUGGAGGUAAGACCAAUAAUAGUGCUUCAUUUAUGGAACCAUUAGAACCUGAGGAAAGAGAGUCAAAGGUGCCAUUUCACCAGGAUUUUCUGUCUAAGGUUGUUUCCAUGCUAAUUUAAGAACAUGUUAAAGGUGAGGAAACAUGUACCAUUCCUUCCCUUGAUAAUUAUGUUGGUUUACAGCACCUAAAGAAAUAAUGACAACAGACUAUUUCAUACUUCCAAGCAAGUCUUUAUAAUGCAAUAUGUGUUCUUUCUCUAAAAUUCAAAUAAAGAAUUUUUAAACUUG